AUGGCCGACGAGACUAAUGCUCAGCCCGAUAUCAUUGCGAACAAGGCGCCUUCCGUGUUUCCUUAUCCCUCCGAGGCUGUCUCAACGACUGUCUCGGCUUCAUCUCAGGAAGACCAAUUAAACCGUAACAAAAAACCAAAUAGGCAAAGUUAUAAAUCUCAACCAAGCGUCGAUGGCAAAGGAAGUAAUCAGCAUCAACGCCGUAAAUCUACUGCCAUUCCGGGUGAAUUAUCAAAUAAAAAUAAAAACUUGAAUCUUGGCAAUGUUGCUACUGACAAGUCAAACUUUCAUCGUCGUGGAAGGUCAUUAGCCACUUUUGGCGAAUUUCAAGGUUCAUCCAGGGCGACUGCUGUAAAAGCCAAAGACAGUAAAGAUGAUUCGGAAAACACCUCCGGAGCGCUUGAAUCUCUUCGACAAAUGAUUGCUAGUAUAAAGUCUAUGCCUGCGCCACCUAAGUCUCAAAAGACUGAAGAGAAUCCAGUCGACUUGCCUUCAAAACAUAGAAGACAUGAAUCGAGCGCUAGCAAUACUAAUAAACGCCCUAAUCCUGUAGGAAAUAAACACAAGAAAAACGCGUCUGUUUCAUUCUAUUUCCCCGCAACCGGUUCUGCAAGCGGUUCUUUGAAGUCUAUUCCGGACUCUGAAGAUGGCAAACCCAUAGACAUUGAGAAAUCUUUACAAGAUACGCUUUCCUCUCUAAGACGUAUGAGCCACGACAAGGGUAAGGCUCAGAAGGAUAAGAACACAGAAAGUAAGGGAAAGGAGACAGAGAAUGAUGAGGUUCCGCUUUCUGAAAAAAAGCCGGAACAAGAAGUGGCAAAACCUCCAUUUGAUUGGAAACGGCUAACCAAUGAUCAGUCGCAAGGCAGCAGCAAAAAGGCUCAUCGUCGUUAUCAAUCUCUCGGCUUCAGUCUGACACCAGCUGCGCCAACGCCGGUUCCAGGAGCCGUGCCCGUAGCUUUCAAGACGGCGGUUCAGUCACACCAUCGAAGGCAUAGCGUCGCUCUUAAUGGCAGCAAGGAUGUUUUGAAAGAAUUGGAGAAAAGCCAAGGUAAAUCCGGAUCAGACAAUAAGAACGGUCAUCGCCGUACUGGAUCCAGAAACGUUGAUGGUAAUUGGAGAACCGUUCCUCCUCUUCUCCCAUUUAACUAUUCUAAAUAUGCUAACGGACAGAAGAAAAUUCAAAAUAAUCAGCAAAAUGGCAACAAUCAACAGCAACGAAAAUCGCUAUUUGCACCUUAUCUUCCGCAAGCAUCUCUACCUCAACUCCUGAAAUGUAACGAGCUUGUAUCAGGUGUUCUGCGUAUUAAUAAGAGAAAUCGCUCCGACGCUUAUGUAACCACAGAGACUUUAGAUGCUGAUAUUUAUAUAUGCGGCUCCAAGGAUAGAAAUCGCGCCUUAGAGGGGGAUAUCGUAGCAGUUGAAUUAUUGGAUACGGAAAAAGUGUGGCAAACUAAGAAAGAAAAAGAAGAAAAGAAAAGGAAAAAGGAAGAAAGUUCUGGCAUUGAUAGAAAGAAAAUUGACAAGAAGAAGGAUGACGUAGAAGUAGAAGGACAGGGUUUAUUGCUGUUUGACGAUGAUGAUAUAAUUAGUGACGAACAGAGACCAAAAUAUUGUGGUCAUAUAGUAGCUGUUAUGGAACGCAUGCCUGAAGUGGAUUUUGACUGUCAUAAAGAUUGGCAAACAAACUGUUUGAAAUUAACUUUGAAAUUGCGGUUCUCGUUUAAUAGUACUCUAGCUUUGCUUCGACCAUCCUCUACGGCCACCAAGGAAAGAGAGGCAGCAGAAAAGGCUCGGCGUGAAGCUGAAGAUAGGGCUGCUGGUAUUGAACCAAGAGAGUUUUUAAGAGAUGAGAGGAAAGACGAGAGGACUGAGCGACCAAAGAUUGUUUGGUUUAAACCGACGGACAAGCGUGUUCCGCUGAUUGCGAUUCCCACCGAGCAAGCUCCUGAAGGUUUUGUUGAGAAUCAUCAGUCCUAUGCCAAUAAAUUAUUCGUUGCUUGCAUCAAACGUUGGCCUAUUACUUCACUGCAUCCAUUUGGUACUUUAGUUAAUCAACUUGGAGAUAUCGGCGAUAUCAAUGUGGAAACCGAUGCAUUACUUAAAGACAACAAUGUGAUAUCUGAAGACUUCAAUGAGAACGUCCUCAAGUGUCUACCAACGACGCCUUGGCAAAUUUCCGAGAAGGAAAUAGAAACUCGUCGCGAUUUACGUGACAGAAGAAUAUUUACUAUUGAUCCACCAACUUCUAAAGAUCUAGACGAUGCUGUUUCAUGUACUCGACUACCCGAUGGUAAUUAUGAGAUAGGGGUACAUGUUGCUGAUGUUAGCUAUUUUGUGAAACCAAAUACUGCUCUUGAUCGUGAUGCUCGUAAGAGAGCUACUACAGUAUAUCUCGUGCAGAAGUCUGUACCCAUGUUACCAUUACUACUUUCAGAAGAAACAUGCAGUUUGAAUCCAGGUGAAAACAGGCUCACUUUUUCAGUUAUUUGGAAGAUGAAUCCCGAAGGGAAAGCAAUGGACACUUGGUUUGGGAGAACUAUAAUCCGUUCUUGCGCCAGGUUGUCUUACGAUGAUGCUCAAGACGUUAUUGAAGGAAAGCCCCUAAAUCCUGCAGUCAAAUUGUAUAAUGAUUAUGUUACCAACGAAAUUGAAGCUGAUAUUAAGAUUUUUAAUGAGCUAUCUCAACGUCUUCGUGAGAAUCGUCUUAAGAGGGGAUCGUUAACCUUAGACUCUAUAGAACUUACCUUUGAUGUAGAUGAACAAAACUAUCCAAUUGGAUGUCAUGUAAAAGAGAGAAAAGAUGCCAACCGUCUGAUCGAAGAGUUUAUGUUACAUGCAAAUAUGAGUGUUGCCCAAAAGAUCUCAAGCACUUUCCCUGAACAAGCAUUACUAAGACGUCACGCCGCACCUAUUGACCGCAAACUCGACGAAUUUGCUGCACAUGCUUUUGAGUUGGGCCAUGAGUUUGAUUGUCGUUCUGCUGGAGCUAUACAACGAUCUUUUGAUGAUAUCGAGGACGGUGAUGUGAAACAGGUUUUAAAACUUUUAGCCAUUAAACCCAUGCAAAAAGCCAAGUAUUUUUGCACUGGCACUUUGGAUAUCGCCAAGUAUCACCAUUACGCUCUCAAUGUUCCUCUUUAUACUCAUUUUACAUCGCCCAUUCGACGAUAUGCUGAUAUCAUUGUUCACCGGAUGUUGGAAGCUGCUCUAGCUGGCGAAAAGCGCUUUUACCUCGAUAAAGAUACCGUUCAAAAAACGGCAAAUCACUGUAAUGUAAAGAAGGCGGCAGCAAGGAAUGCAACGGAGCAAAGCAAUCAUUUGUUCCUCUGUGUUCUUUUCCAAAAUAUGACUGAACGGAAUGGCCCAGUUAUUCGCGAAGCAAUUGUAAUUGGAGUUAAAGACCAUGCCUUCGAUGUCUUCAUCCCGGCUUUUGGCAUUGAAAAACGUGUCCAUUUGGACCAAUUGCCGUUGGAGAAAUUUGUUUAUAAAGAAGAGACAGGCGAAUUGAUCUUGCAAUGGAAACCUGGUGCAAAUUCACUUGAACCGAUACCAGACGAUGGCUUGCAUGAAGAAGAGGAGGUUCUAGAUGUUGACGAGGAAGCUUUGCUGGAUAACGACGAUUACCAUUAUGAAUUAAUGGAUGUUACUAGUCUUCCUAUUGAAGAUGAGCAUAGAUUAUUUGACAAUGCUUCAGACGUUGGCGAAGACGAGACCGAGGACGAAGGAGUUCCUGCUGAAGAUAACCCAACGCAUUCUACCGAUGAGGGGGCGGUUGUUCCUGAAUCAUCAACACCACCCCUCACCGAAAUACCAAGUAUAGAGACCAUUUCCCCGGUUGCAGUGACUAAUGAAUUACCACCGAAUAGAAAUGUUACAUCCAUUCCUAAAGUUCCUCAGCCGCCUAAGAUAACACAUAUAGCAGAUCCCGCUGUUCCCAAUUCUCAAGUGAUUAGGGAGCUGUACUAUGUGCAAGUUGUGAUGAUGACAGACCGCAAGAAGAGUCCACCUGUCAUUAAAAUUCUAGCCGUUAACCCUUACUUUUGA